AUGAAAUUUAUUUUUAUAUGUCUGAUAUUGAUUAUUGCUGCUGUAAAAGAAGGUGAUGGAAUACAUGCUCAUGCAGAGAUGUAUCUUGCAGGAACAAAUGUUUUUAUUGGAACAAUUAAUUUAUAUGAGGAGGAAGAAGAUUGGGGUGUUAUUAUGACUGGUUUUGUCAAUCGUCUAAGACCUUUAGCAGUAUUAGUAAGUAUUUAUUUUGAAGAAUAA